UCAUGACUUUUGAAUGCGUCGAAUCAAAAUCGAACUGAUAAUCGAAAAGUUUAAGAAUUUUGAACCGAAAUCAAACUGAAAAAUUGAUUAAUCGAUUUUUCAGUUCGUUUGGUUCGGUUUUGCAGUUUUUCUUGCCCACCCCUAAGCGCCCAGCAACAAAUUGUGCCCUAGUUCCCUAAUUCUAAAUUCGACAUUGUCCGGGUGUUCGACCUCUCUCUCUCUCUCUCUCUCUCUCUCUCUCUCUUCGAAUCCUUUUCUGUUCUUCUGCAUCUUUCGAGCUUCCUCGAAUCCACAGGCCCUCGGCCUCAGCUUCAGCUUCGAACUCUGAAACUCUCUUUCCUAUUCGCAGUCGCAAGAAUAAGAUGGUGAACAAAAGACAGAAACUAGCUCGCAAGCGGUUCAAAGAAGCCAAUCCUGAACUGUUCCCGAAACCAGAGCCCACACCCCCAAAAGACCCAAACAAGAAGAAGAAGAAAAAGAGGGGCACUUUCAAGCGCAUAAGAAAAGAGUCUAUAGGACCCGAGAAAUCUAAAAAAUCAGCCUUCAGAAAGCACCCUCUUAGGGUUCCUGGUAUGCGGCCUGGUGAGAGCUGCUACAUCUGCAAAGCCAAGGACCAUAUUGCCAAGCAUUGCCCUGAGAAAGCUCAGUGGGAGAAGAAUAAGAUAUGUUUGCUUUGCCGGCACCGUGGGCACACUCUCAAGAAUUGUCCUAACAAAGGCGAUGAAGCUGCAGAUAAGAAAUUGUGUUUUAAUUGUGGGCAAACUGGACAUUCUCUGUCAGCUUGUCCCCAGCCUCUUGAAGAUGGGGGGUCAAAAUUUGCUACUUGCUUUAUCUGCAGUGAAAAAGGACACUUAAGUAAAAACUGUCCCAAAAACUCACAUGGGGUUUAUCCUAAGGGUGGUUGUUGUAAAACUUGUGGAGAAGUAACACAUUUGGCAAAAGAUUGUCCUAACAAAGGAAGCAAGAAUUUUGCUGCUGCUGCUAAUGGAGUGGGGAAUGCAUCAGUCAAUUGGGAAGAAAGGCCAAGAGGACAGGUGACAAAGUUUGUAAGCGGAGACGAUCUAGAUGAUGACUUUAUUACAGACGAUACUUAUAAAAGUAAGAACGAAACAUAUAAAACUAUUGCGCAGGCGAACUCGGCGUCUGGAAUGGCUGUGGACGAUGAGUGUAAACUCAAAUUCUUGGAUCUAAAAGCAAAGAGGAGCUAUCGCUACAUUGUUUUCAAGAUUGAGAAUCAAAAGGUGAUGGUGGAGAAGCUGGGAACACCUGAAGAAAGCUAUGAUAACUUCACUGAUUCACUGCCCCCUAAUGAGUGCCGCUAUGCGGUCUAUGACUUCGAUUUCACAACUGAUGAAAACUGCCAAAAAAGCAAGAUUUUCUUCAUUGCAUGGUCACCCGAUAUAUCUAAGGUGCGAAUGAAGAUGGUCUAUGCCAGCUCCAAGGAUAGAUUCAAGAGGGAAUUGGAUGGCAUUCAAGUUGAGUUGCAAGCGACAGAUCCCAGUGAAAUGAGCCUCGACAUUGUAAAAGGGCGAGCACUUUAAGAACUUUUAUUUCUCCUCCUUUAUCUACAGACUUUCCUUCCCAUUACAAUAUCAGUUUCUUAUUUUUUUCCCCUGAAGUUUUCAAUUUUUGUGCGAGGAUUUUGUUUCAAACCCAUCUGGUGAAAUGUAAUACUAUGAAUCCUUUUGUUAUGUAAACUGUUCCCUUAUGCCAAA